CCGACUACUUGCAAUGACCGAACAACAACCAAAUGGACACACCGUCUUGAACGGAGACGCGACACACAUUCGAACUGACUCUGCUGCAAGCUUCAAGCGAGUUCAGAUAAUCAACGACGAGAAGCAAUUCACUCCGGACCUCGCCAAACAGAUUGAGCACUGGAGCCUUCAUAAUGCGGGUUUUGACUACGACAUUGUCGCCGUCUUCGGUUCCCAGUCAACGGGGAAAAGUACUCUACUCAACCGGCUAUUUGGGACCGACUUCGACGUCAUGGACGAGACGCGGCGGCAACAGACUACCAAAGGCAUAUGGAUGUGCCGAGGCAAGGGCAUGAAUGUUAUGGUGAUGGAUGUUGAGGGCACAGACGGACGGGAACGCGGAGAAGACCAAGACUUCGAACGGAAAUCUGCACUGUUCUCGCUCGCUUCUUCAGAAGUCCUCAUUAUCAACCUAUGGGAGCACCAAGUUGGUCUAUACCAGGGUGCAAACAUGGGAUUGCUCAAGACCGUGUUCGAAGUCAAUCUUGCGUUGUUUGGGAAAAAGACCGCUGAUGGGCGCAAUCAGCGCACAUUGCUUCUCUUCGUCAUUCGCGACCACAUUGGUACAACGCCGCUCGACAACCUGCAAACAACACUGACCGCCGACAUGCAGAAGAUUUGGGAUUCCUUGUCAAAACCACCAGAGCUCCAGGACCGUCAGCUUUCAGACUACUUCGACAUGUCCUUCUCUGCUCUUCCGCACAAGGUUCUGGCCGCCGAGAAGUUCGAGUCCGAUGUCCAGGAGCUCAGGAAACGCUUCGUAGACAAGAGCAGGGAGGACUACGUUUUCAAACCAGCUUACCACAAGCGUAUUCCUGCGGACGGUGUCGCUUUCUAUAUGGAAGGCAUCUGGGAACAAGUCCAGACAAACAAGGACCUCGACCUCCCCACCCAGCAAGAGCUUUUGGCUCAGUUCCGUUGCGACGAGAUCUCAGCUGUUGCGCUUUCCGAAUUCAACGAGCAGGCGAAGCCACAACGGAGACCCGUGGAGUCUGGAAAGGUGGUAGAAGGUCUUGGUGCUAUGAUGCGUAGCUGGCGCUCAACUGCACUGGAACGCUACGACCGAGAUGCCUCACGAUAUCACCCUGGGGUCUACAAGCGCAAGCGUGCCGAUCUCGUGGGGGUGCUCGACUCGACGCUGUCACCGCUGUUCCUAGGCCAGCUCAAGAACAUGCACAAGGCGUGUCUCGUGCAGUUCAAGCAGGAGAUGCACGAAGGCAUGCGUGGGGAGAACUACAACUUUGCGGAGAUCGUCGGUGCUGCGCGUGAGCGCUGCGAGAAGACGUUCGACGAGGGCGCGCGCGAGGCGGUGCCUGUCGAGGGCGAGGACGUGGUGCAUUGGACUUACGACGACGAGUUCACACUGCUCCGCGAAGAGAUGAGCAGCAUUGCGGAUCAGUGCAGGAAGGACGAGACGAAGAAGAUGGUCAAUGUCAUCGAGAGGAACUUCAAGAAGCAGAUUUCAGAGCCAGUUGACUUGCAUCUCACUCAGCCGACGCCCAACAUGUGGGACAAAGUUCUGGUUACAUUCCGAGAUACCCUUGGCAAGGCAGAGUCCGCAUAUCUCGUGAAGGCUAAGAGCUUCAAUUGCACAGACGCCGAGAACACCACCGCGCUCGCCACCCUCCGCAAGCGCGCAUGGAUGGCCCUCCGCGCAAAGAUCGAUGAGCAGACUGCGGACCAGAGUUUCCUCGCCAAGCUGCGCACGUUCUUCGAGGAGCGCUUCCGGUACGACGAGAAGGGCGUCCCGCGAGUGUGGACGCCGAGCGACGACAUCGACGGCGCGUUCCAGAAGGCGAGGGACGAGACCCUCGAGCUCAUCCCGCUCUACUCCAAGAUUGCCCCCGUCGAGAAGUCGCUCGCGUAUACCCUACCCUCCGAGCCGUCCGACUCCUUGGCAUCGUCUGAAGAGGACUUCGAUUUCCCGACGACGCUCACCAUUUUCACUGAGACCAAGGCGCUUGACCUCACAUCCCGGUUCCGCAAAGACGCCGAUGCGUUCUACGUCGAGGCCAAGCGGAGUACCGUAUCGAGCGUCGCGCAGAUCCCCUACUGGAUGUACGGCAUGCUUGUCGUCCUUGGUUGGAAUGAGGCGAUGGUCGUGCUCUUCAACCCACUCUACUUUGCAUUCCUGUUGGUGGUUGCCGCCACUGCGUAUGUCAUGCUCCACCUCGGACUUAUGGGCCCUGCCCUGCAAGUCGCGCGUACGAUGGCUAGGGAGGCCCAGAAACAAGCCGAGAACCGCCUGCGGGAGCACUUCGCGCAACCGAUCUCGACGCAGCCUAUACCCGUGCGCAACCACACGCGGACCAUCGACGAUGAGGAUCACGACAUGCAGCGCGAACAACAGCGGUACCGGGCCAACUCGCGAGACUUUGCUACACUUUGAAGUCCCCGGAGGCGCUGUGAUAUACGGACGGCUUGCACAAGGUCUGAGAUCUGGUGGCGUCAUUUGCACUCUCGUUAUUUUCUUUUAGCUUUCUUGAUGUUAUUUAAUAUGUACCUUUCUGGCCCCGC